CCUGAUCGGUCUGCACAAGCGACCCCCAUAUAUGCACAGCACAGACAGACAGACACCAGCCAGAGUAUACACAGCCACCCACCCUUCUGUCUGUCUGUCUAUAGACACCUUACACACUACAAAACACAUCCAUCACCCCAGCAGGCACGGCAGCAUCUCUCUACCUACACAUCCAUACCCUCCCAUCCAUCCCAUGCAUGCACUCAUGUCAUGCAGCCAUCUCCCUCCCUCCCUCCCUCCCCAAACCAACCCUCCCAUCUACAUGUACACCGCCCCCCGCGACGAGAACAAGAUCGACAGGCCGGGUAUCUUGGCCGCCCCGCCUGACGUGACGCCAUGGCAUGCCAUGGCAUGCACACCAAUGAAACAAUCAAAACAGCCAAGAGAACACACCAUACCAUCAAUCAGACUCUUGCUAUGUCAAGUGAUUCUUGCUAUUUACUUGGGAGCCGUGGCCGCUUGUUCUCAGGUGUGCCUCUGCCCAUGCCUCCUCCACUGGCUGCCGGUCGCUUCUUGCUGGGCGAGACGGGGCCGUCGUUGAAGAGCAGCGGUGAGCGGGGAGGGACGCCCGGGACGGAGGGCAGGGAGGGCACAGACGACACGGAUGGCGUCGGGGAACCGCCCCUGCUGUCAUCUUCCUCCUCCUCGUCUUCCUCCAGCCGCUCCCCUUGUUGCUGCUGCUGCUGCCGCUGCUGUGGUGGUGGUGGUGGUGGUUGGUCGUGUGGUGGGAUUGGCAUUGGUGUGGGUGUGGGUGUGGGUGUGGGUGCGGUUGAUGGUGUCGGCACGGCGGGGGACCAGUGGAGGGCCUGGCAGUCCGGAUCGCUACACUCGCCUGCACACAUGGAUGGAUGGAAGGAAACAAGGACAUCAUCCGUCCAUCCGCUGCCUACCUAUUGCGAGAUAAGUGGGGCAGAGCUUCGCACGAUGCGCAGGGUCCAGGGGAACCUGUAAGUCCGACAACCACACCAGCGGACACACAGAGAGAGAGACAUAACGACUUGGACAGUGAGGUCUUUGUUUGUCCGUCGUUUGUCGUGAACUGGUGAUAGACAGACAGACCCUGGGAUGCACGAGCAAAGCCUGGCACUCCGGCGUGCAGAGCUCAGCUGCGGACAAGAGAUCCGACAUGGAUGGUGGAUGCGGAGAGAGAAUGUGUUGUGACGCCAAUCAAUCAGUGUGCCGUCGCGUCGCUUACGUGCUACGAGUGCCGUGAGGCACAUGUGGCGGCCUGUGUUGGGGUCUAUCAGAUGGGGCGACACGUCCAUCGGCACACCCACAUCGUACAAACAGUACGCCACCUGACACACAACACACAACACAACACAACACAACACAAGACACUCAAGAGCCCACGUGCGGCAGAGAGCAGACAUCCAUGGAGCCAUCCAUGUAUCUCUGUGUGUGUGUGUGCGCCGGGGAAUCAGGGCAAGGAUGACUACAGGAUAUGAGUAUCAGCAUCUGCGGCCCUCCCACUCUCUCUGAGAGAGAUGAUGGCAGGGGUCUAAGUCGGGGGCAAUCCGAUUCAUCCUCUCCCCCACACACACACGUCUAUUCACCACACACACACCCUCCCCUCCCCUCCCCCACUCGUACCUUGACAAUGUCAUCCUCUACGUCUGCAUACGGAGGCUCCUCGCCCCGCAGCACGCUCAGCUCGUCAAAGUACCGACGCCACCCCUCCAGCACCACCGUCUGCUCGUCCUCACUGAGGCGCGUCAGUGCCGCCAGGAACGACCGGAUGCUCCUGGGGCGGCGCAGCGGCGACUCGACUAUCAACACGUCACCAGAGCACACGCCCUCCUGCAUGAGACAGGUGUGUUGGCGAGAGAUGGAUGAAUAGAUUGGUGAUUGGUGGAUUGCGUCCGUGGGUCACCUCACCUACCUUGCUGUGUAUUGGCACCAGGUCUUUGGUCGUUCGUUGCCCCACAUCGCCGCACAGCUCGUCCGCUACCGAGACGCGUGAAGUGAAGUCACCAUAUCUGGCCAGGGCCCGCUCCAGCAGUGCCCUCAGCUUGGCAUACGGCGGGCGCCUCGCCGCUGCCGCAUCGACACUUGACGCGCUGCUACUGCUACUGCCGCCCUCUGCAUCGUCCGCCUCCAACAACGGCACCCACUCCAGCUGCAUUGCACACACACACACCUACAGAUGGACUGACUUGUCUCUGGUUCACUGAUCGAUGGCACGCUGACCAAUUCGAUCGGUAGGGCAUUGGGUAUGUCGCUAGCGGGGAGGGAGAGGGGUCUGAGGUCUCUGGCUGUGGUGUGGUGGUGGGCCGUGCUGGCAAACAGUGGGGGCGGGACGUGGGCAUGGCCGUGGUGGUGGGUGUCGGUGCUGUCCUCGCGCCUCGCUGGGCGUUGGAGGCGUCUGAUGGCGUUGACGAGGAAGAGCUUCUUGUCCGCCAUGAUGCAAAACUUGUCAUCGUCCUGCAAAACAGGAACGGGUGGAGACACACAAGCGAAUUCAAUUGCCCACAUGACACCCAGGUCGCUGACUGACGUCCGUGCAUACGUACGUGGUAUCGUUGCCACGGCAGAGUGCCCAGCAUGAGCUCCGCCAGCAGAAACAGCAGCGACCUGUGGAGGAAGGCGGGCAGACAUCGACCAAAGCACAUCCUGUCCCUCCUGACUGAUUGUCUUCAUCCUACCAGAGAUCGUCUAUGCGUGUGAGUGCCUCCAGUUGGUGUGCGGCGAUCGAGCAGUACUUGGGGGCGCCGUGGAAGGGCGGGGGCCGCUUCUCGCGACGACGACUAACACACCUGCAUACUCAUCGAAUGCAUGCCUUGCCAUCGCCUCCGCAUGAACACACGAGUGCGACAUAGUACCUGUCUGUGUCUGUGUAGUCUUUGGCCGAGCGGAAGUCUAUCAGAUGGACAGAGUCACGGGACGCACCUGACCCAUCACACACAGAUAUCACAUCGUCCGUGUCGUGCAAGUGCAUUGCAGCCAGCAUUUGUUUGCCCAUCCAUCCCUACCUCUGCCCAUGACGAGAUGCCCAGGCUUGACGUCCCUUGGCAAUCCACACACACAGACCAAUGAAUGCACAGACGUUCACACACAAACGGGUCAUUCAUUCGGCUCUCGUCGUAGGUAUACCUGUGUAUCAGCCCUCGGUCAUGAACGCUCUUGAGUGUGUCCAGGACCAUGCACUGAUUGAUUGAUCACAUUGAAGGAAAGGAAGAAGCACACAACGGAGAAUAUUCAGUCGAACCAUCAGCUCACAUCAUCCCUUCUGUGCAGUCAGUCAGUGCGUUCGUUGUUUCUUCUUCCUCACCCCCAGCCUCAUUGUGGUUGGGAUGGAGAGCCUCUCCCGCGCGGCGCACACGAGGGACAGCGAGGGGCCGCCCAGCUCCAUCACCACAGAUGCGCAGCCUCUGACACGACACGACACGCAUCGCGACAAAGAUAAAAUAAAAACACGGGCCGUCCGAGCAUCCAUCACUGAGUGCCGGGGUCGGGUUAUAUAUAUACCCUUGUUCGCUGCGUUGGUAGAACCCAUGGACCUUCAAGAUACCAACACAACCUGGCAUGGCAACACGACACCCGCAGUUACACCCACAGCACUCCUCCUGUUGCAUCCCCUGCCUCCCCUGUCUGCUCACCCACCUUCGAGCGCGACCAUGCACUCGGCCUCGUGUGCCAGUGCAUCGUCAGCGCCGCAGCCCCCCUCGCUCCCGCCCUGCGCGCACUUGAUGGCCACGAACGAUUCCCCACACCCAUCGUUGCGCUCAUCGUAUGCAGCAAAGACCGACGCUGGUCAGGUCAGAGAAGGAAGAAUGGAUCGAUCCAUCCAUCCAUCCAUCCAUCAAUGGGUCGUGCAUCUCUCAUGUGGCGUGGUGGCGCUUACAUGCUCUGUCUAUCUGCCGCAUGAUGCGGUAUCUGCCGUGCAGGACGGGCUCCUCCUCAUCGGGUGGCGCUUCGAGGAUGGAGUCGUUGAUGAGCUCCUGGCUGUAGAGCUCGCCCAUCUCAGCGCAUCGAUGCGCCCUCUGGC